UAUCCCUGACAGUGUCCACCACCACCUCCGAUUGUCUGAAUCCAGCAGGUGAAAAUUCUCCAUGGUACAAUACCGCCGGCGAAAUCUCUCCUGUUCAAGCUCGCCGGAAAACCGCCAUCUCCUUCAGGAUAUCGCCGGAGUAUAUUGAAUUCCUCGCCGUAGAUCCGUCCGGCAUUUAUACCUGAAUCGCCCGUUUAAUACGGUCAACGAAUCUAAUAUCCGCGUUAAUUGCACGCGGAAUCGCUCAUGAUUGAAGAUGCAUUCGCACGGAGUGCUGCGAGUGAGUGCGUGCUUUAGAUGAAGAUGUCGGUGUACGACGCGCCGUUCGUGAACAGUGAGCUCUCGAAGCCUACAUCGAUUUUCGGGCUGAAGCUAUGGGUGGUGAUCGGAGUCUUCGUCGGAGUUGUUAUUGUUCUCAUUCUGUUUCUCAUCUCGCUCUGCAUCACGGCGUCGCGCCGCCGCACAUCCAAGGCUAAGCUCCUCUACAAGGCUACCGGGGAGUUUACCCCUCCUAUUUCAAAGGAAAUUCAGGAGAUCGUUCACCAUGACGCCGCCCCUGAUCACCGCCCCAUCGCUCAGGGAUUGCCAGAAAUUCAGAUUGACAUGGGAAAAAUGGAGCACAGAAUUGUGUUCUCAGACAAGGUACCGGGGGCAUCAAGUGGGGAGAGUAGAGCCACGAGUGGAGAUACGGGAUCAGUUGGAGGGAGCGGAUCAUUGCCGGAAGUGUCCCAUUUGGGGUGGGGAAGGUGGUAUACCCUCAGGGAGCUUGAGGCCGCCACCAAUGGAUUAUCGGAUGAGAAUGUUAUUGGUGAAGGUGGGUAUGGAAUUGUCUACCAGGGUAUUUUGUCUGACGGAACUAGAGUGGCGGUGAAAAAUCUAUUGAAUAACAGAGGUCAAGCAGAGAGAGAAUUCAAGGUAGAGGUGGAAGCUAUUGGGCGUGUGAGGCACAAAAACCUUGUGAGGCUUCUUGGCUACUGUGUUGAAGGAGCUUACAGGAUGCUUGUGUAUGAGUAUGUAGACAACGGGAAUUUGGACCAGUGGCUUCAUGGAGAUGUUGGGGAAGUCAGCCCUUUGACUUGGGAUAUUCGUAUGAAUAUUAUAUUGGGAUGUGCAAAAGGCUUGGCCUAUCUACACGAGGGUCUUGAACCAAAAGUAGUUCAUAGGGAUGUGAAAUCCAGCAACAUACUCCUUGAUAGGCAAUGGCAUACAAAGCUGUCAGACUUUGGGCUUGCUAAGCUCUUGAAUGCAGAGAGCACUUAUGUGACAACUCGUGUGAUGGGAACAUUUGGAUAUGUUGCCCCAGAAUAUGCUUGCACGGGUAUGCUGAACGAGAAAAGUGACAUAUAUAGCUUUGGAAUACUUAUCAUGGAGAUCAUCACAGGGAGAACCCCUGUUGAUCAUGGCCGUCCACAAGGAGAGGUUCAUUUGGUUGACUGGUUGAAGGCUAUGGUUGGUAACAGAAAAUCCGAGGAGGUCGUGGACCCUAAACUACCCGAAGUGCCUUCUUCUAAAGCACUAAAGCGUGUUCUUUUGGUUGCUCUUAGAUGUGUUGAUCCUGAAGCUCAGAAGAGGCCCAAAAUGGGACAUAUUAUUCAUAUGCUCGAGGCUGACGAUCUUUUGUUUCGUGAUGAAAGAAGGGACAGAAGAGAAUCGUCUGGCUCCCGCCGUGAUCACAAGGAACACAAUAAUGCCGGUCCAAAAGCAGGUAUGAAACAAUAUGGGGAUGUGGCUUCAGACAUCAGCGAAGGCGAAUGUAGUGGUAGGAGCCAUAACCAACCAUCCAGAUUGAGACAAAACUAAAAUAUACUUAAGCACUUUAUCAAAAAAAAAAACAAUUUUCAAUUUGUGCAUUUAGCUCCUUUUUGCCUAGCUUCUACCACAUGUUCACAUUGCUUGAUUUACUCAUUGACUCUAUUUAUUUGUUCACCACAACAGCUGUAUAUAAAUAUUCUCAUUAUCAUUAUAUUACUCCCCGAUUCGUUAUUAUUCAUUCUUACACUCUCCUAUCUUAAACCAGUGAUUCUUUGCAACUUUUCUCGAUA